AUGCUCUAUGAUUCUGACUUGAAGAGGUUUGGAAGUGGAUCCCUUCCAGAGGCUGUGAACAGGAUGGACGGAGAAAGCGUCAAGGGGCCGAUCGUAGUCCAGUUGACCAAAUGCGUGAAUGUCAGUGAGCCGAGUCACAGUCAACACGCGGCAAGUCGGAACACGCUUCUGCUGUACUCCUUCACAGAUGGAAAACGCGAAUGCGUUGCAUUGCAGAUGGAGCCGAUCAAGGGAUUGGGACUCGAAACUCCUCCUGGAACAAAAUUGAAGAUCCACAACGUCAAUGUAAAGAGUGGGGUACUCUUGUUGGGGAGUGGCUGCUGUACGGUGUUGGGUGGAGUGGUUCAAUCGUUGAAAGAGGAAUGGGAGACCUCGAAGAAGUAUGGGAAUUCUGCCAGGAAGAUGAUGAUUCAAGAUGCCGCCAAGAAAGCCCAAAGUGAGGAUUUCGAGCCCCCGCCCAAGUUUGAGUCUUUAGACGCCGGGCGGAACAGACAGCAAGAAAGCAGGAACAAUGCCUCGGCGAACGCGCCAAGGAAAGAAUCAGCGAAGACCAAGAAUGCAAAUGAUGCUCCGAGCAAUACUCCAAGACAGAAGAGUGGACAAGAACAUAAGGGGCAAGUCGAGGCAAGAAUUCCGCCUAGCAACUCUGCAGGCCAGCAGAAAGGAGGUCGGGCAGGCAAGGAGCAACCCGAGCCUAUCAACGCUCCCAGCACUGCUGGAGGACAGCCCAAGGGUGGCAGGCCCGGAAGGCAAGAAGUUGAUCAGACACCAUCCAACGAGGCUGCUGGUGGGCUGAACCUGAACCUGAAGGAGCUCCGUGAUUCUCAACCACCCCGACAGGCUGAGUUUGACGAGGAGGAGCGAGUUCGUGCCGCUGAAGCAAGAUUGCAAGCCAUGACUCUGAACUCCUCCAAGAGCGGGGCGGUGCAGCCGCUUGUGGCUGCUCAGAACAAUCAACAGGGGAUCAUGGAAAGCUUGAAGAAGCUCCAAGCGGCAGAGGAGGGAGCCACGGAAGGGGACGAGGCCGUGGAAGAGGAAGGAGGGGGCAUUAAUCAUGAGUGA